CGCGGGACGCGGUGCCGCGCUUCGAGGUUCGAGCGAGUCAGUCAGUAAGUUGACAUUAUCAACGUGCCGCGUGUGUCGCGUCCGGUCCCGAUGACCGCAGUCGCCUCGAGUUUAACGACGUUAUAAAUACGUACUCGACGAUACCCGUAAGAAGUGAAACGAGUGCCGUCGCAUCGCGUCGUGUGGUGUUCAUGUUGUGAUUUGUCAGUGAUUGAUGUGAAGUUGCCGGUUACCCGCAUCGCUGAUUCUUGAUCAACGUAAUCGACAGACUCACGGCUAUGUAUUCGACGCAGGGGUGACGGUUAUCAUCCGUGCCGCGAUGCCAACUUGCAGUGCGCUUUGCCUUCCGUAAAAAUACGAGAUCUGGAUUCAUCGAAGCUGCUGAGAAAUCAAGAGAGAAUCUUUGAACUAGCUGCUGUUCAACCGUCUCGCUUACAGAGGAAGAGCUCCGCAUCAUCAAUUCUGGACUAUAAAUACACACGCCACCGUCACCGUCGUCAUCGAAAUUUGCCGGGGUAGAGGAAACGGAAACGCAAACGGAAAGGAAGAGGAUAGGAGAGGAAAUUGUUAUACGAGAAGGAGGAUUUCAUUCGUCAAGACGUGACGACAUCGGUAAUACGCUAUCACAUGGUGCAGACAGGCAUGGCUGCGCCUUACGGUGGGGGUGUAUUUCCCCCGGCUGUAAACGGCGUCGGUGGCGUCGUCGGCGCCGCGGGAACCGCCGGGGAUGUAAAACCCCAGCCACCCGUCACGAUUAAGGAGGAUCCGAGCGGAGCCCCCCAGCAACCGCCGCCUGGGGCCCAGCAGGGGGCCCCGCAACCCGGGGCCCCGCAUCAAGCCGCCCCUGGGGCUCCGACGGUCGCAAGUUUCAGUCCACCUCCACCGCCGAACGGCGUCGAUCAGCAGGCGAUGUCGGAGGUGUUUCAGGCGGCGGUGGCGGCGGCAGCUGCGGCGGCGGUCGCGGGGGGCGGAGGGGCCCAACCACAGUCCCAAAAUCAGGGACCCGGCGGCGAGGGAAAUCCCGAGGGUAACGUCGAGGCUGCGAGUUUGGUGCCGGUAACGUCGGGCGCAACGACGCCGGCAACUGUGACGCCCGGUGCCGACCUCAAGGGACAACCUAAACGGCUACACGUCAGCAACAUACCGUUCAGAUUCAGAGAUCCAGAUCUAAGGGCGAUGUUUGGGCAAUUCGGACCGAUCCUCGACGUAGAGAUUAUUUUCAACGAACGCGGCAGCAAGGGAUUCGGUUUUGUAACAUUCGCAAAUAGUGCAGACGCGGACCGGGCACGCGAGAGACUUCACGGCACCGUGGUUGAGGGCAGAAAGAUUGAGGUGAACAACGCCACAGCGAGAGUCCAGACGAAAAAACCACCGACGGUGCCGAACGUAUGCGUCCAGUGGCCAGAGGGCUACAGGUUACCGGCGGUGCCUUGGAGCUGGUUGGGUGCGGCGACUCCUUCGGCAGCGGCGGCUGCGGCUGCGGCAGCGGCAGCGGUCACUCCGUCACCCGCUGCGGCGCCGCUGGUCCUGGCACCCAGAGCCGCGGCGAGACGGAGCGUCUACUAUGAUCCCUUCCUAGCGGCACACGCCGCGACGCAAGAUCCUAACUACAGGCUCCAGGUGGUUACUGGUCAUAACGAUUCAGGAUUACCGUUUGUGUUUCAGACAAAAGCGCCCGGUAUGGAGAUGUUACAGGCAGCUGCAGCAGCGGCCGCCGCGGCCUCUUCUCCGCUAUUGAAGACCCCUUUGUCGACGUCGCAGCAAGCCACGUAUGCAGCGGCAGCAACCUACACAGCAGUGGCGGCUCGUGCCUACGGAGCAGCCGCAGCAGCAGCCCAACCUGUCGCAGGCUACGCAGCAGUGGCAGGUUAUGGUCGCGAAUACGCAGAUCCUUACCUCGGACACGGAAUUGGACCAGUAGCUGGUUACGGGGCGACGGUGUACAGAGGUGGUUACAACAGGUUUGCACCCUACUAAAUAGAGAAAGAAUAAAGAAAAAAACUCAGUUCAAGUUUGGGGAAUAAUAUCAUUGCUGUUCUCUCGGAGUUUGACAAGGAAAAAUACUAAAUAAACAAAAGAAUGAAUGAAAGAAAGAGAGACGAAGAAGAAGACAUAGGGAGAAACGUAUACUCAGCAGCAGAUACCAUGACAGCCGGCUAGAAAUUGACACAAUCGUUGUGACCAGAGCAAUUCGCCAUUCACCAUCUCCUCAACGUUAAGCGUCCAUCUUCGUGAUCAUAAAAAAAAGAAAAAUGACAAGUUGGAAACGAUAUUAAAAGAAAAAAAGCUGAUAUCUGGAUUUCACCCAUACCGAUGCUACCCUCGUCGUGUAUAGCACAGCACUUGCAUGCGCGGCGUUGUAUUCGCACAUGCUACUCAAAGAAAAGAAAAAAAAACAAAAGCGCUGUCUAAUUACGCAAGCCAAAUUAUCAUGUUAAUAUAAUAAUAAUAAUAAUAACGAUAAUAGUAAUAAUAUAAUAAUGAAAUAAAUAAAUGAAUAAAAAGUUAGAUGGUAAUGUAAUAGAUAAUUGAACCACAAUAACUUGUAAACUAAUUGGAAAAAAAAAACAAAAAUUACUUUUAUUAUUAUACGUGUAUGUAGUCUCGGUUGGUGGCAAGCUACAUGGAGUGUAAUUAUUGUAAUUGAAAAUAAUAAGCAAGGUUCUGAGAAGUUUGAAACGACGAGAAAAUUGUUGAAAACACAACAAAGGCCACCGCUAGGUAUCGAUUGUUACAUAUAAAAAUAUACAAGUAAAGUAUAGUAUAUACCGAGUACGACACGAUAAUGUGUGCGUGUUGAAUAUUUGAGUUCUUUGAACAAAAUAGAGAAGAAAGAUAUACAGCAAGAAAAAAUCAAACGUUGUGAGCUAGAGAUUAUUGGUACGAUGAGCUGUUUGAAUACCGAACAAAAGAGAAGCUGAAUGAGUAGAGAAAGAAGAAAAAAAACUAAUGGGAAUGAUAAUUUGUUCACAGUACUCGAAAUUAUUUAUUACACAUAUAUUACCAUAGUCUAUAAUAAUAGAAAAUAGAAAUAAUAUUAUUAAUAAUUAUAAUAGUAAUAAUAAUCGUAAGAGAUACAGAACUUAUAGGUAGCUAGAUAUUAGGAUGAUAUAAGUAGACGAUUAUCCUACGUAAAAUUAAACUUGGUCAAAAUGAAUAGGCAGAAAAAGAAAAAUGAAAAAAAAAAAAAAAACGACGUCAGAAGAAGAGGAUGAAAAGGAAGGUUCUUAUGCCAAAUAAAUGUGUAGGUUUGAGGAACCGAGAAUUGUAGAUGAUAUACGAUACGUAGAAAUAAAAGUUAUUUACGAUACGUGCAUAAAAGAAAAAAACUAACGAACAAAACAAAUCGGAUUGAAUUGAGAUUUAGACCACCGCAUGUUUCGUGCCACGGGUGUUGGUGAAUAUUAACAGGGUCUAGUCAAUCGACAUUCAUUCAUUCAUUCUCUAGGAGAAGAUAUUAUAGAGACAAGGAAACUUUAGCUCUGUCGAUUUGAAGAACUCGAAAAUCAGUUUUUAAUUGUUAAUAAUAAUAGUAACAUCAACAAUAAUAAUAGUUUCUCAAUCGAUAUUUAAAAAAUUCAAAUCUCAGAGUCGUGUGUGUAGAUAUUUUCACUCGAUUAUACGUAUUAUGUAUUACGCCGGUACCUGUACAACUCUGUUUGAAAAUUGUUCCAGUUACCGUUUACCUUUUCAUACCUGUAAAAAACAAAAGAAAAAAAACCAAACCAAAAUGAACAGCUCUUUCGAUUGUAUAAAAUAGAUAUUUCUAUUCAGCAAUUGAAGUACCGGGAAUUCAGAGACAAUUUUCAACUAAUCUGAUUCCCCGUCCGUCUCCCUCGCCAAACUCUCCUUUUCGACGCGUAGAGUAAAUAAUAUAUACAAAUUGUCAGUUGUAAAGCAAGAAGAACCGUGUAACUGAAGAAGAAUCUGAUUUUAGACGUAACGUAGAACUUUUGGCAAAGAAAAUGCACAACCACACUCAUCCACACUCUUGAUGAAUACGUUAUACGUGCGCAGCACGCGUGUAAAGUAUUUGUGUAUAAUAAAUAGUAAGAUUAAAUAGUAGUAAUAAUAAUAAUUUCAAAUAGAAAUCGAACUGAUAUUAGUACACGAUAUAUUCGUUUUUUCGAAGCAACCAAAUCAAUCAAUAAUUGUUAUAUAUAUAUUUAUACUGUUAGUUUAGAGCGUGACGAACAUGACACAAAUGAUUAUUUCUUCAAUUUACUUUCAUUUCUUUUGCCACCUUCUCAUUUUCUUCACUUUUUAUCUCUUAUGCAUUCUCAAAAUCUCCUUGCUCUUUGUCCCCGCGUGUCACAAACAGUCUUUCGAAUUGAAGUUCGGUUGAUCGAAAACCGACAAACAAAAUAAAACUUAUCAUGUAUUUAAUAACCGUUUAUCUAUGAAGCUUUCACUAUUUCACUCGCGGUGUACGAAUAAGACUUUUGACACAUGAAUCAUUAUUCAUCAAUGUCCAAUCAAAUAGCACACGGUUGACACUGACGCAAUGAGGUGAAAUAAUUAGUUGGUUCAAGUUGACGGUUGAACAUUUGGUAAAAAAACACAUCAACAGCACUAUCAAAGCCCCAAAUUGAAUUCAGUUAAUUUAAAUCCAACUCUUUUAGAUGUAUAUGCACAUAAAUAGGUACACGACAAAGCUAAAACAAUAUAUUGCUUCUAUACUGCAUCAAUACAUAAAAUACUCAAAAAAUUGUUAGAAUAUGCGAUUGCGUUACCGAAUGAAUGAAUCAUAGAAUAAAUUGCAACAAUUUGGACAGACGUGAGGCAAGGAGGAGCAAUGGGGUGGAGAGAAAAAACAACAAAACAUAAGGAUGGGGGGUAGACAUCGGAGGGGCCUGAAAUCUGAGCGAUAUUUCCAACUAAUUAUCGUCAGCUCUCGGGCACAAACAAAUAUUAUAAUAAUAAUAAUAAUAAUAAUAAUAAUAAUAAUAAUAAUAAUAAUUAAUCAGAAUAAAAAAGUAAAAAUAAAUAGUUAUGAAUUAAGGAUUAACAAUAAUGGUACGCACAUUGAACCGAGUGAGUGAUAUCCUUGUUAAGUAUACAUAUUAUAUACAUGCGUAUAUGUCUGUAUAGGAUUGUAAUAUGUAAGUUGCAUAUAAGAAUAUGAGAUAAAUAAUAAUAAAUAGGUAGGUAGAGAGCGAGAGAACGAGAGAUAGAGGUGAAGUCAUCGGUGAAAGAAUCGGGAAGCCCGAAAGAUAAAACCAAACCAAAUGAAAUCGAAUCGAAUUGCUUGAUGAAAAAUAUCUAAACACAGAUGUAAGUAAAUAAGUCAACUUGGAAAUUAUGGAUGAUGUUUGUUAGCUUGGAACUACGACGCGUAAAUGUGGCAAAAUAUGACAAAAGUUAUUUAGCAAGAAUUUGAAAUUUACUUACAAUUCGUAAUGAGCAAUUCACUUCUCAUUCUGGUUUUCUAGUUUCUUUCACUUUUCCUUAUUCUGUUGUUCGUAGAAAGUUUAUGGGAUUGCUGUUACGUCGAGUCAAACGAGGAGGCGGAUAAGAUAGGAUCGAAGGGUGGUUUUUUUUUUUUUUUUACAUCUUUUUUUUUUUUUUCUUUUUUUAAUGGAGGCAGAAGUGGAGCACAAAUGAUUGCCACUUUCACUGUAUCAUUAGUUGUGAUCUUUUCUAUACGUUCGCGUAUAUCGCGCGCGUAUAUCCACAUAUUCGUGUAUAAUUAUACUUAUGUACAUAUAUACAUGUGCACACGCGCGUGAUAAUUAUAACUAAUAACGUCGUCUAAUAUUCAUGUCAUAAUAUCUCUAAACUUUAAAGCAUGCGCGGUAAUAAAGAAAAAUAAAAUAAAAAAAAAAAAAACAUGCAACGUUGACUCGGAGUUUAAGAAAAAU